UGCGUUUGUGUGUGUGAGUGUGUGUGUGUGUGUGUGUGUGUGUGUGUGUGUGUGUGUGUGUGUGUGAAUGUGCGUUUGUGUGUGUGUGCGUGUGUGCAUGCGUUUGUGAGUGUGUGUGUGUGCUUUGUUUUUGUGUGUGUGCGUGUUUGUGGGGGGGGGUGUUGGUGUGUGCACACAGCAUGGAUUUGAAUUUGAGUGAUUGCCAUGACAUGGUGCCUCCACCAGCUGGUCUUCUGUUGAACCAGUCCGGUCAAUCCUCUCUGGCGUGUCUCAUAUUAAACAGAUCCACCUCCUCCACCGUGUUCCGUAUUAAGCCCAGUCUAUGUCUAUUGUUCUUCAUCGAUCAUGAUGAAUGUUGAACAUGAUGAAGACGUUGCUGUGUCUGUGUUUGUUUUCCUUCAGUUGGACAACAAGACGGGCAAGGCGUCCGCCGCCCUGUCCUCCUCCACGGAGGCAUUGGAUGCUCCCGACCUGAAGGGGGUGCUGAAGAGGGAGCGAGAGGAGCACCAGCUCCUCCUGGCAGAGUCCUACGCCGCAGUCAUGGACCUCACAAAGCAGCUUCAGAUCGGAGAGAGGAACUGGAGCAGAGAGAAGAUGGAGCUGGUGGAGACCCUGGGGCAAGAGAGAGCUCAGUGGGAGCAGAGAGGCGGAGAGUUCAAACUACAGACCAAGUCGAAGGCCGAGGGCAGCUGUGAUGAGGCCGGCCUGACGGACAGCGCUCCCGACGGGCCCAGCCCACUGAGAGCCAAAUCCAUGUCAGAACUACAGAACCCAGAAAUCAAUGGACUCGCCACUCAAGAAGAGCAGAGCCUGUCCAAGGCCCCGCCCUCCUUCCUGUUCCGCUCGGAGUUUGGUGACAUCACCGGGAAAAACUGGAGCUACCUGACCAAUGAGACGCCGGAGGUGGCGGACGGCUGUAAGACCUGGGACGGCCCCGCCGGCCCGGAGGCCCAGCUGGACCCGGAGUCCGCCCGCAAGAGCUUCACGGCUCCGGACCGCACCGGGAUCCGGAUCUACUACAGCCCCCCCGCCGCCCGGCGCAUGGAGCACCUCGCACGGCACCAGGCGGGCGGCACGGGGCCCCACAGCGGGCCCCUGGAGUCCGGCCCCGUCCUGGUCCAAAAGCAGCCAUCCUCCUCCUCCUCCUACGAGCAGUGGCUGAGCUCCCUGUCCACGCCCAGGGGGGCCCUGCUCGUCAGCCCCUCAGCGGUCAACGCCAACGGGGCCGCGGCCGACGGGGCCAUGGACUCCCCUUCGUCCUCCCCCUCUGCCUCGUCCUCCUCGUCCUCCUCGUUCCGGGGCCUGGACAUGGGGGACAUCUCGGUGAACCUGAGCGACGACAUGAAGGAGAUGACCAACUGCGUCCGCCAGGCCAUCCGCUCGUCUUCUCUGGAGAGGAAGUCCCCCAAGGAAGCAGGGAGUCAGAUGGCCGCCGGCAUGGCCACGCGCUCCACGCAGACGGCCACGCAGUGCGCCAGCGUGGGGCUCCAGACCGACAGCGUGGGGUCGGCCCCCAGGGUCCCCCAGGGGCUGCACUCCAAGGCCUGGUCUCCGCGCCACUCGCCCGCCACCGCCGUGUCCUCUCUGGCGUCCGCCCGCACCCGGCAGAUCUCCACGUCCCUGGACAAGGUCCACGGCCGCGUGGACCGGCCCUGCUGCUCACCGAAAUACGGCUCCCCAAAACUGCAGCGCCGCGUGUCCACCGCUUCGCUCAAAAUAGAGAUGGACUCAAAAGAUCCAGCGUUUGACUGGCGUGUCUCUGCCGGCCUUUCAGGCUCCACCCCCAGACUGUCGGACGGGGGCCCCUCCCGGGACCGCAGCCUGUGGAGCCUGCAGCAGAGGUCCCUGGGGGGCGGUGGGGGGUCCGCCUGGGCCCGCUCCACCACCACCCGGGACAGCCCUGUGCUGAGCGGGCUGAACGACGGGCUGUCCAGCCUCUUCAGCGUGGUGGAGCACUCGGGCAGCAUGGAGUCACUGGGGAGAGGGGACGCUGCAGGGGGCGCUACGUCCGGCAGGCAUCCCCUGGCUGCGGGCCGGCCUUCGGGGCCCCCGCCCUGCCCCGCCGAGGCCGCCCCCCGCUACGGGGGCCUGGUCCAGGAGUUCCUCCGGGACGUCUGCGGCGGCGUCGGCCGUGGCCAGGCAGGGGCCUUCGUGCCUGGGGAGAGGGCGGUCCGAGACACCCUGCGCGGAGUGGACGAGCCCAAGCCGGAGUGCGUGAUGUCCGGGGCAGGGGGGGCGGCGGCGGCGGCCAGCGACAACGUGACCCGCAUCGUCAACAAGAGGUUCAUGAGGCACGCCGAGACCCCCUGCGUGGCGCUGGGCGCGUCCUCCGGGACCGAGGAAGCCCCCUGUGACUGCGUGGCCCAGUCUCUGUCUACUUGUCUGGCUCGACCCUCCAGGUCCGCCACGCGCCAUUCGCUGGCUCAGUGUAAGCACCGCCCACAAGAGUCACCCGUAGCCAAUGAGGAGAGGCCAGACUCCUGCAAUGAAUGAACUUUAACUGCCACAGAAUGACCCCCAUCCUCAUUUCACCAGCACCACAUACACACUUCACACAAACACACACAAACUAAACACACAUACACACACAAUCACACUUCUAACAUCCUCCUCAAAUGUAAAUACACACAGACAAACUGCCACACAGAUCCACUGCCCAACAAACUCUUAAACUGUAGUUGCAUCCUCUCACACACACAUGCACACACACGCACACACACACACACACACACACACACACACACACACACAGCACACUCUAAGUAUGUAAAUUAUGUUCAUAAUACAAGCAGUAACACACAUACUGCUAGUGAUCACCGAUAAUAAUCAAGGAACAUUCUAGAUCGGGCUAGCCGACACAGCACCUCCCCCCUUCCCCCAUCAGCCCCCCAAAACUACCAGCAGGACCUAACCUACUCAAACACACGGAACUAAACGUGCGUACCCAUAUGAUGUCCUACACGGAGUACGCACCAACUCUCUUUCGGAAAACCGGGAAACAACAUCAAAAUGAUGAUGUCACGACCAGACCAGUCUACAAAAGGUUUCACUGCCUUUCCACUUUUUCCUUUUUUUUUAUUUCCACGGUAAGGUUAGAUGAUGACGGUUGAGCGAAUCCACCCGGCCGAAACGACCAGGGAGUGGCGCUCUGAGGUCCCUUCUCAAGCGUUCAUGUUAUACACCCAGCCCCUUUACAUUGCAAACAUCGCAGCUCACAUUUUCCCCAGCAGACCUUUUCCAUGGCACCCAGUGGAUAGCCAAUCUCAUGAGAAUACCAAGGAUAAAACCGUUAGAAACCACUUGAUGCGUAAAGGGGGGGAGGGGGGGGGGUAGAGUAUUUAGUUAUUAGCACAAUUGGUCGCUUGCACAUUUCUAUUAGGAGUAUGCAUGUAUCUACCACAGGGUUUAGAAGAGUUACCUAGCGUUUAGAAAAUAGGUUAAUGAAUUGAACUAUAUCCUCAUUCUCCCCUUAAAGGCACCCAGUGCAACUUUCGAGGCUUAAAAAUGAACAUUCAAUUUCUAGUCUUUUUUACACGUAGUAAGUUUCAAUAACUCCUUAUCGAUUUUGUAUCAGUUCUCACCACACAACGACGUCUCAUCUUGGCUGCUUAAAUGUCGGUAUGUAAUGGUAUGGAGUUAUUGAAACUUACUACGUGUAAAAAAGACUAGAAAUUGAAUGUUUAUUUUUCAUUGAAUGUUUACAUAAAGUUGCACUGGGUGCCUUUAAGACGUGUGUUGAUAUGCAGAAACCAACCGUGCACAAAAGUACAUCUGACUUGAUCAGCAUAGUCACUGCCCCUUGCAUGGCAAUGAGCCUCUGCAUCACACCUCUGCACUGGCUCGCUCUGGUCUGAGGAAAUAGUCAUCGUCGUCAUCUUCAUCUUCAUCGGUUCGUUAGAUGAAGAUUGCAUGCGGCCCAGCUCCACUUUGGAAUGAUUUAUGUAAGGGAUAAUGUAAAACGAGCCAGUCAUUAUAGUAAAAAUAAACCUCAGAAAGGUUUUGUUUUUUUAAAUCACCAGCUUGCCCUACAUUAUCCCACUUAUUACAAAGCUACUUAGAAAUCCACGGUUGUAAAUAGCGUCCAAUAGUGACGGUCUGUUAUUAAUAGCAGGGGUCCGCUAUACAGAGAUAACAGACCACUGAAUGUCGUAAUUUACCAAUCAGAAUCGAGUAUACAAGGAAAAUGCUUCAGAAGCUGUAAUAUAGUUUAUCUAGACUGGCACAGAUUUCGGCAGUGAAGGUACAUGAGAUGGAAAAGAGACUGUCCUGAGGCCAGUGUUUUACUCCAGGUUCCACCACCAUGACCCUGUUCAAAUGAGCUAAACUACAACAUAUUUAUUGUACUACUUUUACCCAAAGGCAAUUACUCUACUGCUUACAACUGCCAGACUUUGAUGAUUUUCAUAUGUUUUUUAGGUCUGAUAUAUUUUACGGCAAUUGGAAGUAUUCCUCUGUGUUUUCUCUAUUUGGACAGCCAUGUCAUCUCCGUGAGGGCCUGUAUGAGCUGAUGGGCUAUGGCUCUCUGUAGCGAGCCAACAUCAUCAGUCACACACUCAUCCUAGCAAAUGCAUUUAUUCAAGAGAGGAACCUUUUGAGCAUUGUUUUGAUCCCGUGUCUAAUGUGUGCUGAAGCAUACAAUUCUGUGUCUAAAGCAUGUCCCCAUGAACAAUUAAGCAUCUGUAGACAGUGGGAUAUUCAUUUAACGCAUUCAAACAGCCUACAACUCGAAAUGAAGCAUUAUGAUAGAGAGAUUGAUGUGCCGUGAUGGAUGAAUCUUCAUGUAUGAGAUUCCAUCUGCAUUCCUGGUUCCAACUCUAAGGUGUUGAUAAUUAACCCAACAUGUGUAAACUUCCGUUUUAAGAGUUCACUGAUUGUAUCUGUGAGGCCUCCAGAGGGCGCUAUUGCCUCUCAAUGCCCAAGAGUAGUUUUUAUUAUAAAUCAAAAAGCCGACGAGACAGCAGCCAUAGAUCAUGAACGGGAAAUGGUUUCUGUUUCCUCUUCCUCCUUGCCUGUGUCUCUCUUCUCCCAUGAAUCUGUCAAUCAUUCACAGUCUGACCUGUUGUCAUGGAAACAGUAUGGAUGGCUGCCAAAGUGCCUAGCAGACAGCUUGUCGGUAGCACACAUCGAAACACACACACACACACACACACACACACACACACACACACAAAUACUGAAACGCACACAUACCAAAACACACACACACACACCAAUACACAGCCCUGGCAUGUGUGUAAUAGGAAGGGUUACUUCAUGUAAAAUAACACUUUUCAGGGGUCCGGUAGUUUUGUGUACUUUUAAGGAAGGGUUAUGUUUAUUAUUUUGAAGAUGGACAUUAUUAUAUGCUCGCGGGUCAUAGUGCUAGGCAACAGCCCCCGCCCGCCCGCCCUGCCUCGGCUCAUUACCAGUUGACUCAGCAAGCUCGAUGCAUACGACACGCCGGGGAGAACCUGGUUUAAAUAACCUACCAAGCCCAAUGGACCCAGGGCAUUGGUUGGUUACCACGACAGAGAUGAUCCUCCACGGUGACUGUGUGGGAUGUAUAUGUUCACUCAUGUAUCCGAUACACAUAAAGAUCAACUCUUAUUGUAGGCCAGAGCUUUGCUUGACGACAUGACUGCCUGCCCUAUAGGUUCUGGAAGAAAGGAAACCCACGCAAAGAUCUGGAUUAGAGCAUUACGGUUUCAGAGUUCCACUUCCUUCCAUUGUCCUAGCGAAGUCUCCUCUACCUCUAGCCCCUCCUGUGUACAGUGUGUCAUGUAUAGAGAAGUCCUGCAUUCAUAGGGUUCUUAAGCAGAGAAAACAUGCUAGCCUUGUGUUUUCAACAGCUGUACGCCACAAUGUCCCCUUGUUAUCUGUGAGAUUAUCACCAGGUGCAGUCUCUUUUAGCGCCAUAAACUGAGUAUCCGUCUAGGAUACUUGGUAGUAACUACUGUUACUUUUUAUGUACAGCAUCCUUUAUAUUUCAACUUUUUAGUUCGUGAAUUCACCCGAUAAUGUUAAUUAUACUUGGAUUGUCUUUGAACAAAUAUUGAACGGCCAGUAUGAAUAUACUUAUUGACAAAAUGGCUGUGUUUGCCUCUUUUUGUUAAGGGCCUUUUAAAUCGUUGUUUGUGUGACCUAUUUGAUUCAAGCAAACUCAUUGUAGGCUACUCUAUACCAAGGUUAUUUUGGUGUCUGAAUACAGUUAAAUGUAUCAGCAAGACUGUUAGCAUUUACAACUCAAAUGACAGUAAAACAUGUAGUGCUGUAGGACGCUGGCCACUAGCUCUAUGUAUAGGACCUCCUACUUUAUGUUCUCAGGAGUUCUUUAGGGUGUGUUUCCAGGCAAUGAAAGACAGAAUAUUACAGAAUAUUAUAUCUAGAGAACCAUCUCUGGUCAGACGUUGUUUUCUGAUUGCCCCCCCCCCCCCGAAAAGUGUCAGGUGGUCACCUGCUUUAAUCAUGUUUUGGUAAAUCGCAUCAUUUUCUAAGGUUGUUCUAAGAGGGAGUAAAAUAUACAUUUUGUACAGCAAUUAUCUUCAAACAUUUGAGGGAAGUAACCUUUUUGAAUGCAUAAUCAGGUAUUUAUUAUGUGUUUACAACGGAACCUUUUUAAGAGGAAGGAAGCAGCGGUCGUGUGCCAUGGUGACAGACAAAGGCCAGUGCAGGUUUUUGCUUCUAAAUAAUCGAUGCCAGCAGCUCCCCCUGCUGGUGAAGUGCCUUUAGGCACAUCGAGUGCUGACCCCGGCAUUAACCCUCGCUCUGAACACAACUCUCCCAACAGCCUACUCCUAUUCAGUUACGCGUGUCCGACGUAAUCCAUGUUCAAUUCUUAUGUCUUAGCAAUAUCUACAUGAACCUUAGGUUUUCAUACUCCGCUUGAGCUGUCGAGUGACGGAUCGUUCUACAUUAGAGUUCCGGCCGAAUCACGACUUGAGAAUGCGACGGAUGGAAAACGAAAGAGUUAAAACCAUAGCGUCUCUUUGUAUUAUAAAUAAAUUAAGAAGAAAAAAAGAGUGGAAACCGUUUUAUUUCCUUCGUUGCUCUGAGUACAGCUGAAUGUCGGCAGUCAGGACCAAUACGCUCCCUGUUGAAGUAUGACGCUGUCUCUCUUUACGCCACGCACUUGAAACUUUCUUCUUUACGUAGUUGCAUUUUGAAAGAAAACUAAAAGUGAUGGAAUUCAACACAGUAAACGUGAGAACCGAGAUUAAGUGGAAUUGUAGCCUACUGCAGAAGAUGCAGGGGGUUUCUGAAAGGGCUGUUGAUUUGUGUUUAGGGAAUGGGUAUUGUAUUUAUGUUGUUUAUUUUCAACCACAAGCUUGUAAAAUGAGAAAUAUCGUCGCCUCCUGUUUGUCAUAGAAUUCACAAAUAAAUGUUUGCUGAAAAACAAAA